CUACCCGGCAGGACGACAGUGGCAGACUUAAACACCAUCCUUCACUGGUCAGCUGAAAGCUGACACCAUCAUCGGUGAUAUCCCAGACAGGAACUCUGCUGACAUGCCAAGUGCAGUGGAGGUAAUAUAUAUGGUCUUGAUUGCUGGUGAAUUGACUAUAGGAAUCUGGGGAAAUGGAUUUAUUGUACUGGUUAACUGCACUGGUUGGCUCCAAAGGCGAGAUAGCUCCGUGAUUGACAUCAUCCUGGUGAGUUUGGCCAUCUCCAGAAUCUGUGUGUUGUGUGUGGUAUCUGCAGAAGGCUUUGUUCUGCUGCUCUCUCCACAUGCGUAUGCUCAAAAUGAGACAAUAAACACCUUGGAUGCUUUCUGGACACUGAGCAACCAUUCAAGUGUCUGGUUCACUGCUUGCCUCAGCAUUUUCUACUUACUGAAGAUAGCCAACAUAUCCCACCCGGUGUUCCUCUGGCUGAAGCUAAACGUUACCAGAGUCGUCCUGGGGCUUUUUCUGGCGUCCUUCCUCACCUCCAUAAUUAUUAGUGUCUUUUUGAAAGAGGGAUCCUGGGGUCACGUCGAAGUCAAUCACGAGGAAAACAUAACUUGGGAAUUCAGAGUGAGUAAAGCCCCAAGCGCUUUCAAACUGAUUAUCCUGAACCUGGGGGCUCUAGUUCCCUUUGCUCUGUGCCUAAUCUCCUUUGUCUUGUUACUUUUCUCCCUCUUUAGACACGCUAAGCAGAUGCAACUUUACGCCACCGGGUCCAGGGACUGUAGCACAGAGGCACACAUGAGGGCCAUAAAGGCAGUGACCAUCUUUCUGCUUUUCUUCAUCAUGUACUAUGCAGUCUUUCUUGUAGUCACUUCUAGCUUCCUGAUUCCCCAAGGACGGUUAGUGCUGAUGUUUGGUGGCAUAGUCACUGUCAUUUUCCCAUCAAGCCAUUCAUUCAUCCUGAUCAUGGGCAACAGCAAGCUGAGGGAGGCCUUUCUGAAGGUGCUAAGGUGUGUGAAGGGCUUCCACAAAAGAAGGAAACCUCUUGUUCCGCAGAGAAUCCUGAAUACGGGGAGAAAGAAAUCAACAAAAGACUGUCUCCCUUCUCCCCGGGGGUUACAUUCAUUUGCUUAAUUGUAUGCUGUUAAGAGUCAUGCA